GAAGAAGUUUUCCUGGAGCAUUCAGAUGACAGUGUUUGCCAUGAUCUUUGGUGCCUUUGUGGCUGCCAGUGCUGACUUGGCAUUCGACCUGGAGGGAUACAUUUUUAUCCUCAUCAACGACGCCUUAACAGCUGCAAACGGUGCCUACGUGAAACAGAAGCUGGAUUCCAAGGAGCUGGGGAAGUACGGCCUGCUCUACUACAAUGCACUGUUCAUGAUCCUGCCCACCCUGGCCAUUGCCUACAUCACUGGAGAUGCACAGAAGGUAGGACAGCCAUCCCAAAACCCAUCCCAAAAUCCAUCCCAAAUUCCAUGGGUUCUAUGGCACACUGUGCCAUGGAGGAGCUGGGGAAGGGCUGCCCCAAAACCACCCCAGCAGAAAGGAGCCACAGCUUCGACGUUGGACCCAAACCCACAGAGUUGCUCCAUUCAGGCAUUUUUGUAAUGCCUGAGGAAUGGGGAAGUGGAGAGCAAGGAGAAAACCCAAAUAUUAUUUAAAGAAGCUGAGUAAUUUUAGAAUCAAUGAGUUUAUUCAAGCUUUCUUUUUUCCCUGUCCUUCCCCUCUCGCCGGGGCAGUUUUGUGGAGCUGCUCUGUGGGUUGGCUUUACUUGUGGUGAUCUUGGAGAUGAUAAUUAUAUUAACAAUACUAAAAAAUAAAUAAAUUAACAAUAGUAUUAAUAUUA